AUGCCGUGUGCUAUAUUGAUAGUUCUUCUAUAUAGGGCAGUUGUGGCUAAAAAUGAUCCAACUCUACUUCGUUGGUAUCUUUCCUUGGGAGCGGAUCCCAAUCUAGGUCCUCCACAAUCCUCCCUCCGUGAGAAGGGCUUCGUGGAUAAAAACGAUCCCCCAAGUUCCGACUCUAGCGGAGCAUUAGCACAAACAGUUAUAAACUGUGGCACGGAUAUUGUCGAUAUUCUAGUCGAGCAUGGUGCCAACCUCGAGAAGGGUCUCGCCUUACGCCGUGCUUUGAAGCGGCAACUGGAGAAUCGCAUCCCAAUGAUGGAGCACCUCCUUCAUCUUGGGAUAGACAUCAAUCAUUUUGGAUGGACCCUUCCCCUUAAAUACGGUGGAACUGCACUGCACCUCGCGGCUUGUACCGGCCAGAUCGAGGAAACGCGAUGGCUCCUUGAAUCUGGGGCUGAUCCUACUAUCUCAAACUCGGUGAAAAUGACUUCUGACGCCUAUGCUCUUCUAAACAGACAUGAGGCAGUAUCGAGAGUGAUUCGUGAAUGGAAAGGCCGAAAGCUAGACUAG